GUUCUGGAUAAAAGAGCAACAUUAGAUCAAGAGGAACUCUCUGGGGGAACUUUGUUCCUUCUCAGCUGGGUUGCUGUGAUCUCAUCUAGAAUUUUGCAAGAACGACAGAGCGAUCAGCAAAGAUGGGGAAGAGGAAAUUCUCUGGAUUAGAGAUCACCCUGAUGGUGAUGUUUAUCAUGGUGCUAGUGGUUGCUGUUGCACUGAUAGCUGUUCUGGCCACAGGAGAGCAGUCAGAGGAUGUUGUACUCCCAACAGUAGUCACUCCAGAGUGUCCAAACAUUUUGCUGGCAGAAAGAGUGGAUUGUUUUCCGGAGGCAGGUGCAUCCGAGGAGAGGUGCUUUGAGAGAGGCUGCUGCUGGAGCCCUCUGGGCCUGUCGAAUGUGCCCUGGUGCUUCUUCUCCAGUAACCAUGGCUACACUGUGGUCAGGAAAAGCCAGCCCAGUAGCACGCGACUGGAGGCCUGGUUGGAGAGAAAGGAAGCCCCAUCUAUGUUUGGGGCCGACAUUCUGGAGCUGUCUUUCACAGCUGAAAUGCAGACAGAAAACCGCCUCAGAUUCAAGAUCACUGAUGCAAAACAGACCAGGUUUGAAGUUCCUCAUGAGCAUGUGCAAUCCCAGUCCAGCUCCCCAACUGGACCCCUGAACUAUGAGCUGGAACUGCUUGACAAUCCGUUUGGGGUCAGGAUUCGAAGGGCAUCAACCAAAAAAGUCCUGUUUGACACUAGCAUGGGUCCCCUAGUAUUUGCUGAUCAGUAUCUGCAGCUUUCUGCUAAGCUCGCCUCGGACAAUAUCUAUGGGCUUGGGGAGCAUGUGCACCAGAGUUUCCGUCAUAGUGUCGACUGGAAGACGUGGCCUAUCUUUACAAGAGAUGCUUUUCCCAACGGCGGUACUCACAACCUAUAUGGUCACUACCCCUACUUCACAUGCUUGGAGGAUGAGAGUGGAAAAUCCUUUGGCGUUUUCUUAAUGAACAGCAACGCCAUGGAUGUAACUCUCCAGCCAGCACCGGCAGUGACCUACAGGACCAUCGGAGGGGUGCUGGACUUCUACAUCAUGCUUGGAGACACACCUGAAGCUAUCGUACAGGAGUUCACCAUGCUGGUUGGCAGACCAACUAUCCCCCCGUACUGGUCCCUGGGCUUCCAGCUCUCUCGAUGGGACUAUGGCAGCCUGGAGGAAGUAAAGAAAACAGUGGAGCGCAAUCGUGCAAUCGGUCUGCCUUAUGACGUCCAGUACACUGAUAUAGACUACAUGGAGAACAAAAAGGACUUCACGUAUGAUAUGAUGAAUUUCAAGGAUCUGCCACAGUUUGCUGACUAUAUGCAUGAGCAUGGACAGAAAUACAUUCCGAUAUUGGAUCCUGCCAUAUCCACCAAAAAGUUAAUUAGCGGCCCAUAUGGGCCCUAUGACCGGGGAAACCGAAUGAAGGCCUGGAUCACUGAAUCGGAUGGCAAGACCCCACUAGUGGGAGAGGUCUGGCCUGGAGAAACUGUGUUCCCUGACUACACCAACCAGGCAUGCAUUGACUGGUGGAUUGAUGAAAUCAGCAUGUUCCAUAAAGAAGUGAAGCACGAUGCAAUCUGGAUUGACAUGAACGAGGUGGCCAGUUUUGUAAGAGGCUCCAACAAAGGAUGUGCUGACAAUACGCUCAACUAUCCCCCAUUCACUCCAAACAUCCUUGAUAAAGUACUGUACAGUAAGACCUUAUGUAUGGAUGCUAAACAGGCCUGGGGCAAUCACUAUGAUGUACACAGUCUCUAUGGCUACUCCAUGGUCCUGGCGACAGACAAGGCGGUCAGGCAAGUUUUUGGUGGCAACCGUUCAUUCAUCCUCACCCGCUCUUCCUUCCCCGGUGUGGGCAAGUACUCAGGACACUGGCUGGGUGACAACGCUGCCAACUGGAAUGACAUCAAGUUUUCCAUCACAGGCAUGCUGGAGUUCAACCUCUUCGGUGUCCCUUAUAUUGGUGCAGAUAUUUGUGGUUUCUUUGAUAACACGACUGAGGAGUUGUGCAGUCGCUGGAUGCAGGUUGGCGCCUUCUAUCCAUUCAGCCGAAACCACAACGCCCAGGGCUACAAGGCCCAGGACCCAGCUGCCUUUGGAGUUAACUCUACGGUAGUGAAAACCUCAAAGCACUACCUGGAGAUACGCUACACCCUGCUGCCAUAUCUCUACACACUCUUCUACAAAGCCCACGUCAGUGGAGACACCGUGGUGCGACCCGUUAUGCACGAAUUCUACUCUGAUAAUGCAACCUGGACAGUGGACCGUCAGUUCCUGUGGGGAGCCCAUCUGCUCAUCACACCUGUGCUAGAUGCAGGUGUAGACACAGUGAAGGCCUAUAUUCCUGAUGCUGUAUGGUAUAACUAUGAGACGGGGGAGAGGAUCAAGGAGCGCAAAGUGCAUGUUGAUAUGUAUCUGCCAGCAGAUAAGCUUGGCCUGCACAUUAGAGGCGGAGCCAUCCUCCCUACCCAAAGACCUGCGGUCACUACCACCAACAGUCGCCGUUCUCCAAUGGGUUUGAUCAUUGCACUAGAUGACAACAACCAAGCAUCAGGCGAGCUAUUCUGGGAUGAUGGAGAUUCUCGAGAUACUGUCUCAUCUGGAGCCUACAUCCAUUAUCAGUUCAAGGUUCUUCAUGGAAUGCUAACGAUGCAAGUCAUGCACAGCGGCUAUGUUGACCCUAAUGACCUGGUGUUUGAAAACAUCACUAUUCUGGGGGUGAGCACUCUGCCCACUAAUGUGACCUUCACCGAGGGGGGCGUGGUCUCGAUCGUGCCAGAGUCCAGCAUCCAGUAUGACAUUGUAAAGAAGGUUCUGUACCUGCGGGGACUCCACCUGCAGCUGAGGAAGAACUACGUCGUCACCUGGGACGAGAGCCUUUCCAUCCUCCAGCGCUUCAACUGCCACCCCGAGGACGACGCCAAAGAAACCCUCUGCCUGGCUCGCGGCUGCCUCUGGGAGCCCUCAGAUGUCCCUGGCAUCCCGUGGUGUUACUACCCUUCGGACUACGGCUACGCGCCUGUCUCUGUGCUGGAGACCCCGAGUGGAUGGAGUUUUGACAUUUUGCGUAACAAUAAGUAUCCGAGUCCAAGGACGCUGUCCAGGGACAUCAGCACCCUACGUGUGGAGAUCACCUAUCUCACGGAACAUUCCCUGCGCUUCAAGAUUUUUGAUCCAGUUGAAAAGCGGUAUGAGGUACCCGUGCCUCUCAACUUACCCAGCAGCCCUGAGACUGAUGAGGCUAAGAGGACAUACGAAGUACGAGUCGUCCACGAACCGUUCGGCAUCCGAGUGGUCCGGAAGGCCACUGGAACUAUCAUCUGGGACUCGUCAGUGCCAGGUUUCACCUUCUCAGACCAGUUUAUUCAGAUCUCCACCCGCCUGCCAUCCAAGUAUAUCUACGGCUUUGGCGAGACGGAGCACAGCAGUUUCAAACACGAUCUAAACUGGCGUACCUGGGGGAUGUUCACUAAGGACCAGCCUCCAGGGAAUGAGCUGAACUGUUAUGGUGUGCAUCCCUUCUACAUGGGCCUGGAGACCACCGCCCAUGCCCACGGGGUACUCCUGCUAAACAGUAAUGCCAUGGAUGUAACCCUCCAGCCAACUCCAGCCAUUACCUAUCGUACAAUCGGAGGAAUCCUGGACUUCUACAUGGUGAUGGGACCCACUCCAGAACUGGUGGUGCAGGAGUACACAGCUAUGAUUGGACGACCAGUCCUCCCAGCUUAUUGGUCACUGGGGUUCCAGCUCUGUCGCUAUGGUUACAAAAAUGACCAGGAGAUUGCUGAUCUGUACAAGGAAAUGAUAGCCAACAACAUCCCUUAUGACGUGCAGUACGCUGAUAUCGACUACAUGGAGCGACAGGUGGACUUCAAGUUGAACCCUGCAUUCAAGGGCCUGCCGAAAGUGGUUCAGGACAUGAGGAAGGAGGGCAUGCGCUUUAUCUUCAUCCUGGAUCCGGCCAUCUCAGGCAAUGAGACUGGGUACCCUGCUUAUGAACGUGGUAUCAAUGAGAACGUCUUCAUCAGAUGGCCCGCUGAAAUCGGUGACGGCAUCGUAUUUGGAAAGGUGUGGCCUGACUAUCCCAAUGUCAUAGUAAAUGAGUCUCUGGACUGGGACACUCAAGUAGAGUACUACAGAGCUUAUACAGCAUUUCCAGAUUUCUUCCAAAGCCGUACAGCAGUUUGGUGGCAUAGAGAGAUCGCCGACUUCUAUGCAAACGUUAUGGAAUUCGAUGGUCUAUGGAUUGACAUGAACGAGCCAGCCAGUUUUGUCCACGGCACAGUUUGGGAGAAGUGUCUGGGGCCAUCUGUCUAUGACCACCCACCCUACAUGCCACGACUGGAGUCUAAAGAACAAGGUCUGAACCACAAGACCCUCUGUAUGAACAGCCAGCAGGUGCUUCCCGAUGGCACUGCAGUCAAACACUACGAUGUCCACAACCUAUACGGCUGGUCUCACACCAAACCCACUUACGAUGCCCUGCAACAAGUGACAGGAAAGAGAGGAAUCGUCGUCACCCGCUCCACCUACCCAAGCAGUGGGCAAUGGGCAGGCCACUGGCUGGGAGACAACAGUGCCAGUUGGGACCAACUUUACAAGUCUAUUAUAGGGAUGAUGGAGUUCAGUUUGUUUGGCAUUUCAUAUACUGGAGCAGACAUCUGUGGAUUUUUCAAUAAGGCAGAAUUUGAAAUGUGCCUGCGCUGGAUGCAACUAGGAGCGUUCUACCCAUAUUCCAGAAACCACAAUGGCAAGGGUAACCCGAGACAGGACCCGUCGGCCUGGAACAUAACCUUUGCUGAGGCAUCACGGGACGUGCUGAAUAUCCGCUACACUCUCCUGCCCUACCUCUACACGCUGAUGUAUGAGGCACACACUCUGGGGAGCACUGUGGUCAGACCCCUGCUGCACGAGUUUGUGAACGACAGGGUGACAUGGGAUAUUGAUAAACAGUUCCUCUGGGGACCAGCUCUUCUGAUUACUCCUGCUCUAGGAGAGGGAGUAACUGAGGUUUACGGUUAUCUCCCUGACACACGCUGGUAUGAUUACCACACGGCUAAGGCCAUGGAUGUUAGGGGCCAGUUUGUGAACAUGCACACCCCGCUGAACCACAUCAACCUGCAUGUGAGGGGGGGACAUAUCCUACCAUGGCAGAAACCUGAGAACAACACGUACUACAGUCGGAGCAAUCCGCUCGGACUGAUUGUCGCACUUGAUGACAGCGGAAAGGCAGAAGGUUCCCUGUUCUGGGACGAUGGCGAGGGCAUUGACACAGUUGGGAAGAUGUCCCUGCUGGUGGGAUUCAAAGCAGUCAAGAAUACUCUGACAAACUCCAUCAUCCAUGAUACUCUGCUACAAGGUCUAACACUGGGUGAGGUGAAAGUGUGGGGGAUAGGAAGUCUUCCCAUCACCAAGGUCACCAUGCAGACUGCAGGAUCCCAGACACCGCUGACUUUCAAUACAACUCUCACAGAGGAGCUGAUCAUUUACGUGACCGAGCAGUGGCAUCCAGUACAUGAAUUGUUCACCAUCACCUGGACCACAGGAGUAUGACAACUUUAGGAAACACAUAAACAUUAACAAGUUGGCACCUGUUGAAUCAAAGAAUUAUUUGUUCAUCUUUUUGGAAUUUUAUUUAUAGACCUAAGAUUCUAAAGAGGUUAUGAUAAUGAAAUGAGAUUAUAUUAUACAAUAAUAUGAAUAUUGCCAUAUGUAACAUGUUCAUGGGCAGUUUAUUUUUUAAAAUAGAUGUGAGGGAUGUAUGAAAUCAUAUAAUAAAAGAUGUAAUAAAGUCAUUAAUACUGAAAAAGCAUAAUAUACACAAGGCCUGUUGUUACAAUAAGAAGCUGAUGGUCGUAAUUAGUGGAAGACAAUGUGCUUUGCUAUCAGGCAGCCAUAGCUGGAAUCUUGCACCUUUAAUGCUGGCAUUUUGGGAAUAUGAUAAUAAUAACCCCUAAUUAUCAACAAUCAAUUUUUUUUGCCUAUUUGCUGCUACUACCUACCAGGGUUGCUUUCUGCACAAUUAAAUUCAGAUAUAAUGAUAUGAUAAUCAAUUAUUCAUUCCACAAUAAACAUAAUGAUAUCAAUUUA